UGGACUAUAGGUUCAGUCCGCCGUCAUGAGCUAUACCGCUCCUAUCAACGCGCUUCGGAAUACUCCUUCGCCUUGCCUGUGCGACCUUUAAGUACACCACAAGUCGCGCUACAAUCUCCGAUUUUACGUCCUCCAUAAGCACGUGUAGUUGUCUAAGCCAGAAUUGUCAACUCCUCAAGGACAAGCGUUUUUCAAUCCUCGGAUUACGCCUCGAGGGCCCGUCCUCGGAACCCAGAACACAUUACCAUUAGAUCAACGGAGGUCUCACAGUUCACACGAGAAUGAAGCAGAGUUCGUCGAGACCUUGUAUAAGGACUCUAUGUUGCACAUCCUCUUCUACAUGCAGUCUUUACCACACUCCUUCAGCCAUCUCGGCAUCGUCACUCGUUUUCCGUCUUUUUCUGGUUUUGUUUCUUUCAAGGGCAGUGCCCAUCAUAAAUUUGCUGAAACAUCUUCAUCGUUUAUUCCGGCAGAGGCACCAGCAUGAAUAUCUUCAUGCUGCGUAGCCUUCUCCUGCUUCUGGGUUUCGCUUCUACCCUUCUGCAGGCCAAUGUUAUUCCACAGAAUUACCGUAACAGUCUAGCUCUGCGAGAUGUAGAACAACUCGAGGGUGUACCGGACACGAUCCUGCUUGAGCAUCGCGCACCCGCCGGAUCUAAGCCGAAGCCUAAACCGAAGCCAAAGCCCGCACCUGCACCUGCACCAAAACCGAAACCAAAACCCUUGCCAAAGCCUGUUCCUGCACUUUCCGCAAAGCCUAAGCCGAAGCGAGGUCUCCAGUGGUCAUAAGCAGCUGCGACUCCGUGUGUCCGUAGGCGGUCUUAGCAUUCCUACAACGUGCACCUUACCCGUGUACCUAAGGUACUUUUUU